CAUAUCUAGUUCUCUUCCAAGGAAAAAUACAACAACUACUUACUUUCCCUUUCCCCUUGCUUUCAUCAACGCUAUCACCAAUCGGUCCCUAAAAAACCCAAAUUCUCGCCUCCAGGCAAAAUUAGGGUCUUACGAUGACGGAUCGAAACAACUCCACAACCACUACUGCCGCCGUCACCACCACCAAUACUUCAGCUGCUAAACCAAUAUGGAUGAAGCAAGCAGAGGAAGCGAAACUAAAAAGCGAGGCAGAAAACACCGCGGCAGCGAAAGCCGCAUUCGACGCGACAUUCAAAGUAUUAUCAGAUAAGGCCGAAAAAGCUGUCGAUUCGGAUUCCGAGGAGGAAGACGCGGAGAAGGAUUUGGCUAAUAAGCCAGUGGGACCAGUUGACCCCGGGAAGUGCACGGCGGCAGGUGCUGGCAUUGCUGGUGGGACCGCGUGUGCACCAGCCACGUUUGUGGUUGUUACUAAGGAUGCGGACGGGAGGAAAGUCCCGAAUGGAGGCGCGGUGAUUAGGGUUAGGGUUUCGCCGGGAGUUGGAGUUGGGGGAACGGAGCAGGAAGGGGCUGUGAAGGAUAUGGGAGAUGGGACUUACACGGUUACGUAUGUGGUGCCGAAAAGAGGGAAUUAUAUGGUUACUAUUGAGUGUAAUGGGAAAGCUAUUAUGGGGAGUCCUUUCCCUGUGUUCUUCAGUGCAGGCACUUCAACUGGAGGUUUGCUGGGUAUGGCUCCUACAACUACGUUUCCAAACCUUGUGAAUCAGACCAUGCCCAACAUGCCAAAUUACUCAGCCAGUGUUUCAGGGGCAUUCCCUGCAUUCCUAGGAAUGACUCCAGGCAUUGCUUCAGGUGCUUCAGGUGGUGCAAUUUUGCCUGGAGUUGGAGCAUCACUUGGGGAAGUUUGUCGAGAGUACCUCUAUGGCCGGUGUGCAAAAAUGGAUUGCAAGUUGGGCCACCCUCCACACAGUUUACUCAUGACUUUGUUAGCCCCAACAACUACAAUGGGGACUCUUAGUCAUGCGCCUAUGGCGCCUUCGGCAGCUGCAAUGGCUGCUGCUCAGGCUAUUGUUGCUGCCAAAGCUCUUCAAGCUCAUGCUGCUCAGGUGCAAGCACAAGCUCAGUCAGCCAAAGAUUCAUCUGGCUCGCCUGACAAAGCUCGGAAGGAGGAUGCACUGAAGAAAACACUCCAUGUUAGUAAUCUCAGCCCGCUUCUGACAGUGGAACAGCUGAAACAGCUGUUUAGUUUUUGUGGCACAGUUGUCGAGUGUGCCAUUGCCGAUUCAAAACACUCUGCUUACAUAGAAUACUCGAAACCGGAAGAAGCAACCGCUGCUUUGGCCUUGAACAACAUGGAUGUUGGGGGUCGGCCUUUGAACGUUGAGAUGGCUAAAUCUCUUCCUCAGAAACCUCUUUUGAAUUCUUCACUUGCUUCAUCUUCUCUACCGAUGAUGAUGCAGCAAGCUGUUGCCAUGCAACAGAUGCAAUUUCAACAGGCUUUGAUUAUGCAACAAACUAUGACUGCGCAGCAGGCAGCUAACAAAGCUGCAUCAAUGAAGUCUGCAACAGAGUUAGCAGCAGCUAGAGCUGCAGAAAUAAGUAAGAAGUUAAAAGCUGAUGGGUUUGUCAUUGGAGAAGAGGAAACAAAAGCAGAAACCAAGUCACCAUCCCCACCUCAAGCAAGGUCUAGAUCCAAGUCGAGAUCCCCAAUUAAUUAUCAAAGAAGGUUGAGGUCACCUUCUUACUCACCUCCAUCUCGCCGCAAUAGAGACCGUAGAUCUAGGUCUCCCUUUAGAUUUCGCUAUCACUCAAGGUAUAACUAUGGAAGGCGAUCAUAUAGAGAUAGUAGAGAUAUUGUUGAUAGAAUGAGAAUGCAGGAUUCGGAUAGAUCACGUGGUCGUCAUUCACCUGUUUCAAGGAGAAGUAGAAGCAGGAGCGCAAGCCCUCGAACAAGAAAGUCCUACAGAGAUGAUUCAGGCUCGCCAAAACGUCGCCUAGAAAGCUCAGCUCAAAGAUCAAGAAAAGCAGCAGACAGUGGUUCAAGAUCACCUAGGAGUCAUGGGGGACGUCGGUUAUCCCGAAGGAAUAUCACAGAUAGCAAACUCAGAUACAAAAGGCACUCACGCUCUAGGUCCAAAUCUGUGGAAGAGUCCAAUGACAGAGUGAAUGAAAUCCAAGAUAAAAAGUCAAAGCAACACGAGAGGAGAUCUAGGUCAUUAUCUGUGGAGCUUAAACACCAUGGCAGGAGGCCAUCCCAUAGAAGUUCAGAUGAAGAUGAAUCGAAUCACAGAAGCCGGUCCAGGUCAAAAUCUGUGGAAGUUAAACGCCAUUCCUAUGAGAAAGUGGGCAAAACUGAGGAUGGGAGGCUGAAGCAUCGUGAUAGGAGGUCCAGGUCAAAAUCUGUUGAUGAUAGGCACUGUUACAAGGAGAGAGGAAAUGAAAGCAGGGAUAAAAAAACAAAGCAUCGAGAUAGAGUGCAGUCUAGGUCAAUAUCUGCUGAGUCAAAUCAUCACAGAAGAAGUAGGUCAUCCCCAAAAGGUAGGGAUGAGAGCAAGUCAAAGCACAGACGGCACUCCAGGCCAAUAUCUCCAGAAGGCAAGCGGCGUUCCAAUCACAGGAUAGAUGAAAAGUCUAAGCACUGCAGUAGACGAAGGUCAGUAUCAGCUGAAGGUAAACAUAUCAGAUCUCCAAGAAGUUCAGAGGAAAAUAAAUCAAAACGUAGGAGGCACUCUAGAUCAAAAUCUGCAGAACACAAGCGCCACUCAAAUGAUGAGGAGAUAAAAAGAGAAGAAAAUGAAACUCGUCAUGAGCAUACAUCGGACAAAACAGAAGAUGCCAAUGAGGAUGAAAAUUCUUUUACGGACAAAGAAAAAUGUAAAGAUUGUGAUUCAAAGGAACGGGUGGAAGACAUGGUAAUGGGGGGCAAAUGUGUGCUGAAUUUAAGCAAUGAAGAACCAUUGUUACUGAAAGCUGUGCAUCCCACAGCUGAACUGGAAUGAAUUUGAAGAGCGUUAGAGAACCAAAGUUAAUUCUUGAGGACAGCAGAGUCUAGAAGGCUCGGUAGAGAAGCUGUAUUUCAUAGGCGGCUGUGUUUGUGCCAUGCUUCAAUCUGAGAAGAUCCAAUCUGAGAAGCUUGCAGAGAUGCGUGAACUUAAAUCCUGCAGAAUCAGCCUUUGCUUGCAUGAUGGGCGAUUCUUAUAGAAGAUUUUUUAAAUGUUCUUUGGUUGUUGGAUUUUUCUGCCAGCUUUGGCUCCUCGUAAAUAUGAGCACUUUGUGUUUGUUUAUCUUUUGCAGGUUCACUUGUAACAUGUUGGAACUAGACUCUUUAAGGCCCGAGCUGACUCAUGAUAAGGAUUAUAUGUUUCAAACGGUA